AUGCCGUCGGUCGCAACGACAACGUCUAGGAGGUCGUCGAGGGGCUCGAGGAUGUCGAGAAGAUCCCUUCAAGAUGAGGGAACUCAGUCACAAGACUGGCCUGAGGAUGCCAGCGACCGUCACUCUCACGCUAGCGACCGCAAGCAAUUCCACGGCGACGGACUUAAUACAGGUGUUCGUGUGCUAAGCGACGGACGCCUGGAUAUCAAAAUCAAUCAGCACAGGCCAAGCAUUGCCGGACUCCUCAACCAAAUCCAACGCACACCAAUACCCUCCGAGCUGGAAGAACUCCAAGACCAGGAAAGCUCCGAUGAAAUUCCGAAGAACGCUGGAAAAGACUUCCCACUGCACCUGAAUAUCGUCAUCCAGGUCAUCGGGUCACGCGGCGACAUCCAACCCUUCAUCGCACUGGGAAAAGAGCUACAGGCAUAUGGUCACCGAGUACGACUGGCCACCCACCUUGCCUUUCGUGACUUUGUUCUAGAUGGAGGGUUGGAAUUUUUCGAUAUUGGCGGCGAUCCAGCUGAGCUGAUGGCCUUCAUGGUGAAGAAUCCGGGUCUUCUUCCUAAUGUCAGUACCAUUCGAAGCGGAGCGAUACAGAAACGUCGGCGGGAAAUGAAGCAGAUCAUCAAUGGCUGUUGGAAAUCGUGCUUUGAAACGGGAGACGGAACCGAUCUCCACCAAAUCAAGGAGGACCUGUGGAGUGACAAGGUCGACUAUAGGCGGCGGCCUUUUGUCGCGGACGUGAUCAUUGCAAAUCCCCCAUCAUUGGCGCACAUACAUUGCGCGCAGCGUCUCGGAAUACCGCUGCAUAUAAUGUUUACUAUGCCCUGGUCUCCAACACAAGCCUUUCCCCAUCCUCUGGCAACAAUUCAUCAUAAUGGUUGCCAACCCACUGUCGCAAACUUUGUCUCCUACGCAAUUAUGGAAAUGAUGGUGUGGGAGGGACUCGGCGACAUUGUCAACAAGUUCCGAAAAAAGGUUCUAUCUUUAGAUCCUCUAGACAGUAUCACAGCUCCGAGCUUACUUCCUCGCUUGAGAAUACCCUUCUCUUACUUAUGGUCUCCCGCUAUCCUGCCUAAGCCGAAAGACUGGGGAAAGCAUAUUGACAUUUGCGGCUUUGCCUUUUUGCCUGCCAAACCAGACUUCACCCCACCAAGUGAGGUUGAAGAGUUUCUCAAAGCGGGUCCGCCCCCCAUUUAUGUCGGGUUCGGGUCAAUCGUUGUGGAUGACCCGAUCAGACUGACAGAGAUCGUGUAUGGGGCAAUCCGGCAAUCCGGACAACGUGCCAUUGUCUCCAAAGGCUGGGGAAACCUCGGUGCCGAGGAAGUGAAAGUGCCAGAUAACAUUCUCAUGAUCGGAAGCGUUCCCCACGAUUGGCUCUUCCGCCAGGUUUCGUGUGUUAUCCACCAUGGUGGCGCAGGCACAACCGCGGCCGGGUUAUCAUUAGGACGACCGACGAUUGUGAUCCCUUUCUUCGGAGAUCAGCAGUUCUGGGGCGAGAUUCUGACGGUGGUUGGUGCUGGGUUCGCCAUUCCCCACAAGCAACUGACUGUUGACAAGCUGGACGAUGCGAUCCGAAAGGCCUUGGAUGGAUCAACGCAGGAAAAGGCAAAGGAGAUUUCGAAGAAGAUGCAGGAUGAAUCUGGUGUUCGUGACGGAGUUUGCAGCUUCCAUCGACAUCUCGACCUAAAAGCACUGCGGUGCGUUAUCUGUCCCACACGCCCUGCAGUAUGGCAUAUCAAGCAUACAGGAGUUGGGAUAAGUGCAUUCGCAGCAACUGUUCUUGUAGAAAUGGGAAAAGUGAAGCCCGAAGACCUUGUUCUCAACCGCCCGGUUGAAUAUGACACCUAUCGUGACCCUGUCGGUCCUCUCAGUGCUAGUGCACAGGUGCUGUUCGGAGCUAUUACGAAUUUCGUUACUGGUCUCGCCGAUGUUCCGGCGGAGAUGAUCAUGGAUCUUGUCUCCGCUGGUCGAGCUCUAGGUCACCCGAAUGAGCACUACGACCCUCAUUCCAAAUGGCAUCGACGAAAGCAUCGACACGAACACACCUCUAGCGACGGAGAUGACCGAACCCGUCGAAUCGAAGAGCCUCGAAACAUACACCAAGGGCAAAAUCAAGCGCAGAAUCGAGGCUCUGAAGAAUUCUGGGAAGACAAUGAUGAAGAAUUGACUACUUUUUCAAGCGACGUCAAUGAAACCAAUAUGGCCGACACAGGCUUAUCUCGCACCCGGACGCUCCAGCUUGAAAACUCUCAAUCAAUGAGCGACGAGGCCUUUGAGCCAAAGCGCCAUGGCGUAUUUUCUGAAGCAGCGAGUCAAGGCAGCCGGAUGUCUAAGAAAUUGAUCAAUCUCAUUAUCUGGCUUCCUACUGACCUAACUCUUAGCCUGUCCAAGGGAUUCCAUAACGCUCCCAAGUUGUAUCACGAUCCAAUGGUCAGGGCUACGCCGAAGGUGAUCGGAAUUCGCAGUGGCUUUCGGGCUGCAAAAAAGGUAAAAAAUACAGUCCUCCUACCCUCCGACUCUAUGAUGCGGACACUAACGGCUCGAAAGGAAUUUUAUGAUGGGUUCUACUACGGCAUAACUGGUCUCGUGACCCAACCGCGGCAUGCAUACAGGAAGACAGGGGCGAAAGGUAUCGCAAAGGGCGUCGGCAAAGGCGUCGGGGGUGUUCUCUUGAAACCACCAGCAGGACUUUGGGGUCUUGCCGGUUAUCCAUUGACGGGUAUUCGACGCAAACUUCUCACGUCACUGGGCAAGACGCAAGAAGGGAAAAUACUAGUAUCUCGCAUUUCGCAGGGACACGAUGAGAUGAGAGCUUCCUCUGCUGGAGAUAGGUCGGAGGUGGUUAGGAAGUGGGUCGUGAUUGAGAAGACCUUGCAUCAAACAGCAUCGCGACCUUGUGGAAAACCUUGUGGAUCUCGUUCAAACAAGCAUACUUCAUGA